AUAAUAAGCGGAGGAGAGGAACGUAACGUUGUUAAUUGGAGUCCUAGGUUGAUUGAACUGCAGCAUGUCAAACUAAGUACAUGUCACCUAGGUAAGCUACACAUGCAUACGGUCGGGAAUAAUAUUAUCUACUCUAUCUAACAAAUUAAUGAUUAAUAUUGGUUCAUUAAUUUUUACUUUCCAGGUCGUAGCCGAUGGAUACGCACGCACCUGCUGCAUCGGACGGGAUCGUUUCAACACUUUGUGCGCUUGACUUUUGGACCCCAGCUCGCCGCUGGCUGCUUCCUGCGUCACCUCAACCUCUCAGCGUGUGCAAACGCAACCAAUCUCAGCGUCAUCAAGACCAAUAGCUUGAUUGAACGGACCCAAUGCAAUUGCAAAUGGUGACACAAGUCAAUGCUCGUGCGGCCUAAGCAAAUUCAUCGAAUCAAACCCAUGGCCCCAUGGAUUCUCUUUCCAUCUCCCAUACAUACAUCUGUCACCUAGGUUGUUGUUUUAGCCCUUCCCUGAUCUUGCGCUGCAAGCAAAUGAAAAGAAAACUAUACCUCAUACAUGAGGUCAUUCAACCUGUUCGCUUCAGCUUAUCAGCCACCAAACAGUAUUUUUCUUUCACAACAAAUCAGCCGUUUCAGCUUUUCAGCCGGUUUAUAAGUCCAGACGAACAGGCUUAUUCUCCCUCCAUCCCAGACUAUAAUGAACCACCGGAACCUUCACGAGAUUUACAGUGACAAAAUGGGCAAUCAAAAAAUUAGACAAAAUCAGAAGAAACUUCCUCUGAAAGGGGCAACCGAGAUUGACGGGGCACUGUCGAUCAAAUGGACCAAUGUAAUUAGCCUUAAGAAGACUAGAGAAUUGGGUACUCUUGACCUAGAACGAUUUAGUAGGGUCUUAAGGAGGCUAAGGUUGCUGUGGUUCUAAUGAAAAGACCUGACCAUCCAUGGGUGGGCACUGAAGCUCCUGUUAUUCAGAGCCAGUAUAAUUGUAACUUUUGGAAAUGGUCUCAAGGCUGAAUUCUAAAACUCAACAUGAUUGGAUGGCAAGGCCCCAGGAGAUCUUGCCCCUAAUUUAUACAAGCUGGCUUGAAAAAAACACAAGAAAGUACAUAAGGAAGUUGCUGAUCACAAUUGGACAAGAGGUUUAUGGAGAAUGACCACUGUGAAUGAAAUGUUUUAAUUUGUGAAUCUAUAGGACCUUAUUCAGGGUAUCAAUUUCACCAACACUCCGAAUGACACCGUGUGGAGAUGGACACCAAAUGGUGAAUAUAGUGCUAAGUCAGCCUAUGCAAUCCAGUUCAAACGAUCCUACUGUACUUUUGAAGCUCAGGCAAUUUGGAAGGCACGGAUGGAAGGAAAACACAGAUUUUUCGCUUAGCUCCUACCGCAAAGUAAGAUUCUUACAGCUGACAGAUUGAUAGCAAGGAAUUAGCCAUGUAACCCACUAUGUGCUCUUUGCCAAGGGGCACCUGAAUCAGCUGAACACCUCUACAUCCAAUACCCAUAUGCAAUGCAGAUCUGACAGCUCAUGUCAAACAACUUGGUUCCACUACCAUGGAUGGAUGUUGGUCUUCAAGAGUGGUGGCGACUAUCAUUGCAGAUGGUGAGCAAGGAAAAAAGAGAGCGCUCGCUGCUAUCCUAAUUUACACGAGUUGGAACAUGUGGAGGGAAAGAAACAAGUGCAGUUUUUAGGAAUUAAGCUACAGUUUUCGAACUGAUCAAGGAUGAAAUUAGCAUGCAUCAGAGAGCAUGUGGAGCACCGAUUGUUAAUUAAUUUAAUGAUGGCAAUGAUGUAUAACCAGAAAUUAGAGCGUAACAAUGUAAUAUCCUUCGUGGAAUUCUGAAAACUCUGCCCACUUUACGUUUAAAAAAAACCUUCACUAGCUAGUUGUAUCACCACAUUCACAUCACAUGGCUAAUCCCAGAAUAGUCGUUGACUGAAAGCAGAUUAGUGAAGCAACAGCAAAACUUUGCUUUCGUUUUCCUUUCUUUGGAAGAUCAUGAAAUUGUUCGCGAUUCCGUUGACAUGUUUGGUGACAAAAAGUCGGGACCAACACCAGCACAGGAAGCACGUCGGUAGUUGGUACUGGAUGGGUCAACCGUCAACCGGGCAGGAUCUCCUUGGCGACGCCGAUGGACGGACGGUGAGGUCACAGGCGCAAUCCGACGGCUCCGGGGAGCCCAAGCGCCUCCCCUCCCCUGCCCAGACACACGGCGAGGGCGGCGCCGCUACGGAUUUUGCUUUGCUGCAGAGAGAGAGUCGCAGUUGCGCUUCGCCUUGCUCUCCUCUCCUCCACUGUACUGCACGGCACGGACCACCUGAUUGAUCCGGUCGCCGCCGGGUCGCCUUCCGGGAACCUUCCCUCCGUGUCCCUCAUCCCCGGCGUGCAGUUCCGUCAAAGCUCUCUCCCUGCCCUUUUACCCACCCGCCCCAUCCCAUUUCUCCCCGCACCCAGCAAGCAAAUCAGCCAAAGCUCCGAUUUUUUACCGCCGCCGCCGCCAUGUCCGCCACGCCGGAGGAGUUCCUGGGCCAGGGGGCCUACCUCGCCGCCCCCGAGCCCUUCUCCCCCUCCGUCUUCCUCGACCUGCCCCCGACGCCCCGCCCCGACGCCGACGACCCGGACGCCUCCGACGACCUCGUCCUCCCCUUCAUCUCCAGGAUGCUCAUGGAGGAGGACAUCGACGACAAGUUCUUCUACCAGUUCCCCGACCACCCCGCGCUCCUCAACGCCCAGCAGCCAUACGCACAGAUCCUCUCCGACACCACCGCCUCGUCCUCGUCCGACUCCGCCGCCACCAACACCACCUCCUCGGGAACCGCCGCCAACUCCACCCUCUCGCCGCCCUCCUCCGACGCCCCCUCGUCCGCCGAGCCCGCCUGGCCGUACGAUUCAAUCGAGCUCUCCCAGCUGCUCCGCUCCCCGCCAUAUCCGGACAUGGGGGUGGGCCUCGACGACUUCACCGCCGACGAUGUCGACGCCCUCUUGCUGCAGGGGCGACAGGAGGGCGCCACCGCCGGGUUCCACCAGAGCCCGCCCGUCUUGGAUACCGGCGGCGGCGGCGGAGGCCAACGGCAGGGGGCCUCCCUCGCCACCCAGAAUGCCGGCAGUGGCGAAUCCCAGCGGCCGCGCGCUUCCCUCGCCGCCCAGAACGCCGCCGGUGACGGAUCCCAGCGGCAGCGCGAUUCUUUCGCCGCCCAGAACGCCGGCGGCGGCGCGGGCAUCCGGAGUUUGCCUGCGGAUGAGCAGGAGACCAAGACGGCAAACGCCACCGCCUUGCCCGCUGCCGACACUGACCACGCCGCGCUGGCCUCGGCAUUCUUCGGCGCUCAGAAUGGGGAAAACAUGGACAUGCUCAACAUGGCAUUCCUCAAAGGCAUGGAGGAGGCCAAGAAGUUCUUGCCCACCAACAACAGCCUCCUCAUGGAUCUCGAGGCCAACUCCGGGCAAUCUACAGACAGCAAGCCGGUCACUGGCUUUACUGCUGCCCGAGUGAAGGAGGAGGAGGUGGUGGAUGGGAUGUUACUGUUUGGAGGAGGAACCACUAAUGGCAGGGGCCGCAAGAACCGCUACACCCAAGAGGAUUUGGAGGCCGAGACAGGCAGAAGCAGCAAGCUGAUGAUGCCGGAACAGGAAGAAACUGGCGCCAGUGAGCUGUACAGCGAAAUAAUGUCAUUAAACUAUGAGGAAUUCAUGAAGCGCAUGAGCGACCUGCGCAUUGCCAUGGAUAGCGAGUCUGAGAAGAGUGCGAGGAAGGUGAGUGGGAAGAAGGGAGCGAGGGGGAGGCAGCGUGCAGACGAGGUUGUUGACCUGCGUACCAUGCUCAUCCAUUGCGCACAAUCGGUGGCAACCGGCGAUCGCCGAAGUGGGAUCGAGCUGCUGAGGCAGAUCAAGCAGCACUCAUCCCCGAAGGGGGACGCCACACAGAGGCUGGCCCAUUGUUUCGCAGAGGGACUGGAGGCACGACUUGCAGGCACAGGGAGCCAGGUGUACCAGUCGCUCGUGGCGCAGCGCACCUCGGUUGUGGAUUUCCUCAAGGCAUACAAGCUGUACAUGGUAGCCUGCUGUUACAUGAAGGUGAAAUUCACGUUCUCCACCGCGACAAUCUGUAAUGCUGUGGCAGGGAGGAGCAAGUUGCACAUCGUGGAGUAUGGUGUGCAACAUGGAUUCCAAUAUCCAGGUUUGCUCUAUACACUGGCAAAGAGGAAAGGUGGACCACCAGAGGUGAGGGUCACCGCAAUUGCUGUCCCACAGCCUGGGUUCCGCCCAGCCCACCAGAUAGAGGAAACAGGUCACCGCCUCAGUAACUGUGCCCGUGAGUUAGGUGUGCCAUUCAAGUUCAACGCUAUUUUAGCACAAUGGGAGACCGUCCGUGCUAAGGACCUCAAUAUUGACCCGGAAGAGGUGCUUGUUGUCAACAGCGAGUGCUUUUGGGGCAACUUGAUGGAUGAGAGUGUUUUGGUGGACAGCCCAAGCCCUAGAGAUAUGGUCCUCAACAACAUCCGGGAGAUGCGGCCCAACGUGUUCAUCCAUUCUGUGGUAAAUGGCACAUUUGGUGCUCCAUUCUUUUUGACACGGUUCCGGGAGGCACUGUUCUUUUACUCAGCGCAAUUCGACAUGCUUGAUGCGACCAUCCCCAGGGACAAUGAUGAACGGCUGCUGAUUGAGCGGGAUGUCAUUGGGAGGUCUGCCCUGAAUGUGAUUGCUUGUGAGGGUGCAGACCGGGUGGAACGCCCUGAAACUUAUAAGCAAUGGCUAGUGCGGAACCACCGGGCUGGGCUGAGGCAGCUACCAUUGGAUUCAGAGGCCGCCAAGGUUUCCAGGGACAAGGUCAAGAACUAUUAUCACAGAGACUUUCUCAUCGAUGAGGAUAACCGUUGGUUGCUGCUGGGAUGGAAGGGACGGGUACUCUAUGCCAUGUCAUCAUGGACGGCUGAGGAUAAUAAGCCCCUCUUUUAGUGUGUCGCUCCACCAAAUUCCAGAAUCUGACUAGGUGGUAUUGGUAGUUGAUAUAUGGUCUAUGUUUAAACCACGAUCCAGCACCUGUGGUUUGGUGGACGUCCAUUUCUAGGGGGUUCGAGUACUGAAACUUGUAAGGUAUAAGUAGAUGAUUAGAGGAGCUACAUAGUUUGUAGAUAUAUAGUUCUGGAUAUUUGCAGAGUUGUAAUAAUGUACACCAAAAUUUAAAACCCUGUAGCUGACAGGCAGUUUUAUGGAUUACAUGUUUGACCUUUCAUGGUUUGAAGGCUUAAUGCCUGAAAA